AUGGGGGGCGGGCAUUCGAAGAGCGAGUCGCGGGGGGACGGGAGCGGGAACGGGAGGUACGCGCACUCGGCGUCCUUCCAGCAGCCGGCGGCGCCGCAGUGGGGGCCGCCGGGGGCAGGAGGGUACCCGUACGGCGCCGGCCAGGACGCGCAGGGCGGCUACUACGGCGCGCCGCCGCAGCAGAGGGGCUACGCCGCGCCGUACCCGGCGUACCAGCCCGCGCCCGUCGCCGCGCAGCCGCCGCCGGCGCGGGCGGGAGCGGCCAACAAGCCGCGCCUCGACAGGCGCUACUCGCGGAUCGCCGACGACUUCCGGUCCGUGGAGCAGGUUACUGAUGCUCUAGCUCAAGCUGGACUCGAGUCUUCGAAUCUCAUCGUGGGUAUUGAUUUCACAAAGAGCAAUGAAUGGACAGGCAAAUUCUCCUUCCAUGGACGUAGUUUACAUCACAUUAGCAAUGUGCCAAAUCCUUAUGAACAAGGAAUCUCGAUUCUUGGACAGACAUUGUCUAAGUUUGAUGAAGAUAACUUGAUUCCCUGCUUCGGAUUUGGAGAUGCAUCUACACAUGACCAAGACGUAUUCUGUUUUUACCCUGAUGAGAGACCGUGCAAUGGAUUCUCAGAAGCUCUUGAGCGAUACAGGGAGCUCGUUCCACAUUUGCGCUUGGCUGGACCGACAUCUUUUGCACCAAUAAUUGAGAUGGCUAUGACCAUCGUGGAGCAAAGUGGUGGGCAGUACCAUGUUCUGCUGAUAAUUGCUGACGGACAGGUCACAAGGAGUGUAGAUACUGCAUCUGGGCAGCUGAGUUCCCAAGAGCAAAAGACUGUUGAUGCCAUUGUGAGGGCCAGUGAACUGCCGCUAUCUAUUGUGUUAGUAGGAGUUGGUGAUGGCCCAUGGGACAUGAUGAAGGAAUUUGAUGACAAUAUUCCUGCCCGGGCUUUUGAUAAUUUUCAAUUUGUCAACUUCUCGGAGAUAAUGUCUAAAAACAUGCCACAAUCAAGAAAAGAGGCAGCGUUUGCACUUUCAGCCUUGAUGGAGAUACCACAACAGUACAAAGCAACUGUUGAAUUAGGAAUAUUAGGUCGUCGUUCUAUGAAGGCUCCAGAAAGGGUUCCUCUGCCUCCCCCUGGUGGAAGCCACGAUGCUUAUUCCUAUGGAUCUAAAAGCUUUAGUAAACCUCAGCCUAGUACAUCUUCAUCAGCGUAUCCUCCCUAUGAAACAGCACAUACUGCGGCCCCUGCCGCACCGUCUUCUGCUUAUGAUAAUCAGGUGUGCCCUAUCUGCCUUGUGAACCCGAAAGACAUGGCUUUUGGCUGUGGACACCAGACCUGCUGUGAAUGUGGACAGACUUUGGAGUCAUGCCCAAUCUGUCGGAGUCCAAUUACCACCAGAAUAAAGCUAUAUUAG